AUGUUCAACCUCAAGUUCAUCAACACCACAAACGUCCCCGUACAAAAGCGCAAGAUUGCUCUACACGCAUGUGACACGUGCCGGAGACGGAAGAAAAGAUGUGAGCACCCGUUGGGCGAAGGGGAGUCGCCGCCUCCGCACGCGAUUCACUGGCGGAAGAGGGGACGGUUCGCCGACUCAGCUUUGUCCACGGCCGCCGUUGAUGAGGAUUCCCCGGAACCAGCGGCGAGUUCCACGGAACAUUCUCAUUUGCAGCAAAGCCCCACGGCCAGACGUGCCAGUAGUGCCACAGAGACGCGUCGGGAAGACAUUGUCGACGACGAUGGCGCAGCAGAGUCCAUCCACGUUGCCAGUUCCGCGCCUCCGGUACGGGGCGGCCCAGAAGCUCACGUGGCGACCCCGGCCUCGCCGGCUGCCAGACUCCCCCGGGCAGCCGCCGGGGACCGGGCGCCUCGGAGCACCAGCCCGGCGCUCAAGGUCGACGAGGACUCCAGCCAGCACAACGACGACAGGUUCGUCGGCGACCUGAACCCUGAAGGCAUCUUCCUCGCCGACAGCCCCGGCACGAGUCGCGGCUACGCCGAAUCCAACUCCGUCGGCGUCUGGUACUCCCGCAGGACCGACAGGAACAACCUCACGACGGAGCUCACGUCCGCCGUCUCCGUCGACCACGCCGAGCACCAGUUCCUCGCCGUGCUGCCCAGGCAGGAGCACUACGACCAGCUAAAGGCCAUCUACCUGCGCGACGUCCACCGCAUCCUCCCCGUCAUGAACGUGGACCUGCUCGAGAGGCCGACGUCCACGAUAUCGCAGGUCCUCUGCAAACAGGCCGUCUGCCUGGCCGCCGGGUCCAACCCGAGCGCGAAGCCCUACCUGACGCUCGGAGAGCACUCGUCCGAGGCCCUGCCCUAUCCCGAGUUCGCCCUGCGCCUCUCUUCCGCCAUCCGCAAGGCCCUCGGCCUCGGCCUCGUCAAGGACCGCGUCCAGGCCGUCGCCAUUCUCGUCAUUCUCUCGCUGUACACCCACUUCUCCCCGGACCGGCACCUCUCCGCCGAGCUGGCGGCCCAGGCCGUGAACAACGCCCAGACCGUCGGCCUCCACCUCGAGAACCCGCCCGCGCGCUCCGAGGACCCGGCCUACCUGACGCGGCUGUUCUGCUGCGUCUGGGCCAUGGACCAGCUCAACGCCGCCUUCCACGGGCGGCCCGUCAUCAUCCACGAGAGGGACCUGGGCCGGAACAUGGAGGCCUGCAUCGCCGAGCAGGACAGCUGCUUCCGGCUGUUUCUCGAGAUCAUCGUCCUGCUGGCCUGCAUCAUCGAUCUGUACCGGCCGGCAGCGAAGAACACCGGCUGUGUCGUCAUGGAAAACUUCCCGAGCUUCGACAGUCUCGUCGAAAAGGCGCAGGCUCUUGGUGUCGAGUCCCGUCUCCUGGCCUCCAUCGAGCUGCUCUACCACGGCGUUGCCAUCCUGUCCUGCCGGAUUCCAAUCGGGUCAACACGAUCCGAUCACCUGUCGCUAGCAACUACCCGACAGUCCCUUUCCGCCGUCAAGAUCACGACCAUCGUCACGGACUUCAGCAGCUCGCUGCCGCACAUGACGUUUGUGCCGUACGCGGUGUCCCUCUCCCUGCGAGUCGCCUACAGGGAGCUCCGGUCCAGCAAAGUGCCGAUGCUGACGGCGAGGUCUCGCCGCCAGCUGCAGUCGACGUGCAAGAUCCUCCGGGAGCUGGGCGGCAUGUCGCGGUCCGCGCUCGUCAUGGUGGACCUGGCCGAGCAGGUCAUCCAGGAGAUCGACCAGGUCUGCUCCAACGCGCUGAACGAGCAGCAGACCGGCGCCAACGGCCCCGCGGACGCCCCGAGCACGCCUCGUCAGGACCACGCGGCCGCCAGCGCGGGACCUGAGAUGGGUGGCAAUUUGGAGAUCGAGAACCUUCUGUCACACGGCGAGCCUGCUGCGGCGUUCGAUCCUUCGCUUUUCGAGGGGCCUGCCGGGUUUGACGUGUUUGAGUUCUUCGACCCCGGCGAUCUCAACGCCAUCGAUGCCAUCCUGGGAGGCCACGCGGCUCCGGGCGUUGGGCAGCUAGAUCGUCUACUGUGA